UCAAGAAUUACGCGCCUUGGGAUUUCUCUGUUACUACAAGAAAAAAAUUCCCGCUAUGCGUUUCCCACGAAAACCAGGCAGACGGUCUGUUUUGUGUUACACAGACAGUCUGGCACUUUGAGGCAUUAGGCAAUAGGUAUCAGACUCGUUAUGGGAGACACGCCAGUUGAGAGACUGAUUUACAUUUUAAUACAAAAAUGAAUAUUUGACAAGUCUGAGGCGCGCUAUUCCAUCAAGCAUCAUUCUAUUUCUGGAUGUCAUCUAAAAAUUGUAUCCUGCCGUCCUACCUGUAAUCUUAGACUGGUCGUUUUAACAAAGCUGCGAGCAGUCUACUCUGGUCGAUCUUUUCUAGACAUGUGUCCAUGACUUAUUCAACUUAACUUAUGACAUACGAGAGGUAUUUCAAACUUUAAGGAUUGUGGAGGUUUUAUAAGAAAAGGUAAGAAUUUAUAAUAUAUAUAGUUUUAAGGAGACUAUUUUUAUCCUUAGAUUGUUUUGUCAAUAUUAUGUGUUCUGAUGAAGAAUAAAUUUAGAAAUGUAAAAAUAAACAUUUUGUAAGGAAAACGUGCUAUCGGAAAUUCCCGGACUUAUUUUUCAAUUUUAAGGAAAAUGGAAAGGGAAAACCCUGAAAUCUUGUCAGUCAUGUCAUAGUCAUAUGGCAUCUGUGGAGAUUAGUUUCUUCUAGAAAACCAAAAACAGAUACUUCAUCCCAGAGUCAUUGCUAUUGCUAAGGGGGGCAGACUAGUAGGGGGUGCCCAAUGUGCGUUGAUGGUCUUUUAUUGAUGAAAAUAAUGGGUUUCAGAGUAGAAUUGGGAGGGCGUUCAAAUGAAUCUUUCCCCCCCCCCCCCCUUUUUUUUUUUUAAACACCCUCGCUACGUCUCUGCUUUGUCCCCCGUGCACCUAGAGCCCACAGAGAUGUUACAGCUAAAAAUAAGCUGGCACUGGCUAGAGCAGCGGUUCUCAACCUGUGGGUCGCGACCCCUUUGGGGGGUAGCACGACGCUUUCCAAGGGGGUCGCCUAAGACCAUCUGAGAACUCAUAUACUCUACAGUUAUAAAGCAGCAACUAAAACAAUUUUGUGGUUGGGGGUCACCACAACGUGAAGAACUGGAUUGAAGGGUCGUGGCACUUGAAAGGCUGGGAACCACUGGGCUAGAGCAAAGACCCAAGUAUUAAAUCGUGUGCUGAGUACCGGAAGCGUAGUCGCUGCUAUCGGAGUAGCCAAAGCUUUUGUUUUAUUGUUGAAAUCGGAUUUUAAAAAAAAAAAAAUUUAAAAAGGGAGAAAAAAGAGGGAAAAUGCAUUUGAGUCAUUCAUUUUUAUGUUGGUCAUUUUAAGUCUGUAAAGAAGGGUUUAGGGAUGGAACCUGGCAACGUUUUGAAUAAAGCAUGUUAGCGGAGUUACAGAGUCCCAUCUGGCAAGUCUGGCUAAAUCAAUCUGUGAGACAGUUCAACGAAAUAACCUGGCAUCACUUUCAGGGAAGAAGCUCUCGUUGAAAUUUUAAUAUCUGACGUCAUUUCUCGCCUGCUGUUGUCAUUUCUCGCCUGCUGUUGGUUCACUAUGACAAACAGGCGUGACCAAGCCAGUGCCUUUGUUUGUUAUUUGAAUAUUUUCUCAGAAACUAAAUUGGUUAAUUGAAGCCACCUUCCUCAUUUUAGGAUCCAACCCCCACCCCCCUGUGAUGGUUUGAGGCUCACCAUCCUCAUCAUCAUGUCCCUUAGUCCUUAGACCGUUGGGGCGCCACAGAUGACAUGUGAACUAUCCUCCCCCAUUCGUCUCUGUCUUCUGCACUACGCACAGCAUCGCCCAGUGUUAGUCCUGUCCACUCUUUGACGUUAUCCUCCCAUCUUUUUGAGGCUGGACAUUGUAAAAUUCUUCCACCGUAUACUCGCCCUUGUGAAAUAAUACCCCCCACCCCUUUUUCCCCAAGUUUUGCCCUUGCAGUAGGAUAAACCUAACCCUUAUUAUCAGAGGCGUAGCGAGGGGGUGCAGGGGGGACAGAUGUCCCCGAGCGCAAGCUAGUUUGGGGCGCAUAAAUGUGCUUUGAUAUUAUAUUAUUGGUAAAAAUAAUGGGUUUGAGAGUUGAAAAAAAAAGAAAAGAGGGCGCUUUAAAAUUGAUCUUGCCCUCGCAAUCGAAUCUUGUCCCCGGGCGCCAAACACCCCCGCUACGCCUCUGCUUAUUAUUGGAUUCCUAUGCGUGACAGCUCAAACAAAAUCGUGUUUUUGUGUUCACCCCCCCCCCCUGUCCCCUGUAAACUUUCUGGGUAGAAGAUCGAACCCGUAAAAUUAGACAGAUUGUCAUAAUUUGUUGGGAAAACGUACACCUUUUAAAGCNAAACCCACCCCCCCCCCCCCCGCCUUCAAUAAAUAGCAAGAGCAGAUUAGAAACUGUCUUUUAUGACCCUAUCACGUGAUUGUGAACGUUGUGGCCUACCAGACUUGUGAUCACGUGAUUGUGAACGAUGUGGCCUACCAGACUUGUGAUCACGUGAUUGUGAACGCUGUGGACUACCAGACUUGUGUGGUAAUUUGGCUUAAUUAAAUUAAUCCCCUAGACAGUGCGUCAAGAGGAGAUCUCAUACGAGAUACACCCCUCACAUUUCAAACACAAGUCAGAUCACCACACACCCCAAUAGAAGUAAGGCUUAGCAUUAUUGGUGGGGGCGAACCAUAAGCUGGAGAAAAUUCUAUUAUGACGUAAUGAAUAAUUGAUAGGCGCACAAUCCCUUAAAUUGGUGGUGCGACGCCAUAUUUGGAAAGAGCUGUAAGGCCUGCACUAGAGUCGUCACGUGGGGCCUGCACUAGAGUCGUCACGUGGGGCCUGCACUAGAGUCCUCGCGUGGGGCCUGCACUAGAGUCGUCACGUGGGGCCUGCACUAGAGUCGUCACGUGGGGCCUGCACUAGAGUCGUCACGUGGGGCCUGCACUAGAGUCGUCACGUGGGGCCUGCACUAGAGUCGUCACGUGGGGCCUGCACUAGAGUCGUCACGUGGGGCCUGCACUAGAGUCGUCACGUGGGGCCUGCACUAGAGUCGUCACGUGGGGCCUGCACUAGAGUCGUCACGUGGGGCCUGCACUAGAGUCGUCACGUGGGGCCUGCACUAGAGUCGUCACGUGGGGCCUGCACNUUGGAAUGUAGAAAAAAAUUAGAGCCCGCACAACGGAUUAGUGUCAGCCCCCCACCCCCUCUUUUUUUUUUUCCUUUCCAAAAGUCACUUGACUGCUCUGGCCUUCACUUAUCGGUUUGUUCUCUAAAUGACGAAGCUAGGAAAUGGCCACCAUACAACUCUCAUGUUUCUCAUUUCACAUUUAAGCUUAAGAACUAAUGCCAAUAAAAUUAAAAUGUCAGGUAGUGCAUUUACAUUUUGUUCAAGAGGUAAAGCACUAAAUAAAUAAAUUAAUUAAUCAAUCAAUUAAUAAAUAAAUUAAUACACCAAUCAAUCAAUUUAUGUACGUGUUUUUAAAUUUUAGACAAGGGCAUGAUUUUGGUGUUGGGCAACUACGGCCCGCACUUUGCUAUAAAUUCGAUGAAUUUCCUCUUUUAAAUUAGAUGUAAAUAGCCCUGGAGGUCCACUGGAGGUCCACUGGAGGUCCACUGGAGGUCCACUGGAGGACCACUGGAGGACCACUGAAGGUCCACUGGAGGUCCACUGGAGGUCCGUUUAGAAGUAAGAGCGUUUCCAAGGCUGUAUCACUCAUCAGUUUAAACUCUUGGUUCUAAAUUGUAGGUGUAAAAAAAAAUCCUACAUUAAAUGUCUGCAUGGCAGUCUUAGUUUAAUUUCUUCUUUUCAAAUUGCUUUUUUGCUCACCGAAUUUCACCAAACUUUAGUGAUCAAUUCGCUACAGUUGCCAACCACUCUGCUGGUCAUCCACUGCAUCCUGGUAUAUUCCAGUCGUCUUGACUAAGUCUUGUAUUGGAUCAAAUUAGGCAAGGCCGAGAGAGUGAGGCUGACGAACUGAGCAACACUCCCUCACUUUAAAUAAAAUACAGCGCACGUCAAGGCUGCUACCCAAGUCGAAUAUCGCCUUGGUCAUCUUCGCGAUAAAGACAGCUGUCUAGACUCUAGAGUGAAUCUCGCCUGGGUGCCCGAUACCGGAUUUAGACAGAUCUUUUCAAUUUAAAUCUAUACAUUUUAGCAAGACGAAAGUAAUAAAUUUCACACAUCUAUUUUCCAUUUCUGUUUUCAGAACUGCUGAAAAAUGCAAAAAUCGGAGCCAGGCAAGUCUCGGGAUGUUGAUCUGCUGCUUAUUGGCAAAACCGGAAACGGGAAAAGCGCCACCGGAAACACGAUUCUGAAACGCAAAGCCUUCAAAAGCCAGGCCAGCACGACCUCGGUAACCAAAGAGAUAAAAAAAUAUUUUGCGCAGUACAAAGAUAGAGUCAUAACAGUCGUGGACGGUCCAGGGGUCGGCGACACUGACCUCAGCAACGAUGAUGCGUUGCAGCUGGUCAUCAGAGCCAUGUCCCAAGCCAUCGCCGCCAACCCGCAAGGCUAUCACGCGUUCCUCCUGGUCGUGCGGUUCGGCGGGCGAUUCACGCGAGAAGACCAGCAAACCAUCGAAGUUCUGAAAGCCAUCUUCGGAGAGGCGUUCGUUAAGAAGCAUUGCAUUCUGGUCGUGACGUGCGGGGACAACUUCGACCCCGGGGAAAAUGAAUGCGCCUCGUUUAUGAGCUGGUGCAAUGCUCAAGUCGGAGUUUUUAAGAGUCUGGUUGAUGAAUGUGGGAAAAGGGUCGUACUCUUUGACAACAGAACGAAAGAUGAGGACACAAUUGACGGACAAAUAGACGAACUGCUCAAAUUGGUCGACGGAAUUAGUAAAUUGGGGAAUGGCUACAACCGCUACACAGAUGAGCACUUCGCAAUGGCGCGGCAGAAGAGAGACGCCAUUGUGGUGGCAUCGAAGUUACCCGUCAUUCAGCAGGACACGAUGAAAGAAGGGAGUCUGAUCAUUCAGCAGCUGAGCAACGUUGAUCUGAGAGAGCCGCAGAGUCGCCUGAAUGCCCUCGAAGGCCUCAGGCAAAGAGCAGAUAACUUGGUGAAGAGCGUCAUCGAUCAGGACAAGAGUACCGGCGCUUUGAAAGACAUCAUCGCCAACGCAAAACACACCAGAGCCACCGUCGAAGAACACAUCAGAACCACGACGAGUGCCAUGGAGCUCCAAGAGAAGACACGCCAGCACAAGGCCGAGAUGGAGAGACUGAGGGAAGAGAAGCAGCGGCAGAUGAUGGCCAACGAGGCAGAGGCCAGGGGCAAGCUAGAGAAGAGAAUCGCCGAGAUGGAGCGAGAGGAACGCGAGAGCCGGGCGAGAAUGGAGAGGAUGAUCAAGGAAAUGAAAGAGAGCGCCAAGAAGGUGGAGGAGGAGAACGUGGACGCCAACAAUGAUUCGCUCUGGGAUGUUGUAAAAACCGUUGGAUCUUUUCUUUUGUCCAAUUUACUUGGCCCUAUUUUUACAAUUGCCAGGAAACUAAUCCUAAAAUUUUAGAUGAUGGAAAAAGGGGGGGGGGGAAGCGGAAAGAGAGAUAAGUCGAAUGUUUGAAACAGCAGGAAUCGUGCCAGAGAAAUUCGCAUUUUUAAUUCUUAAUUCCUCAUGUCUCUAAUUUUUAGUUUCAACCUACUAUAUUUUUUUAAAAGUAAUAAAACGACCUGUUAGCGAAGUAAUAUUGGCAUUUGCAGUCCAUUAGCGGUAGGGGAAUAGGGCAAACUAAUGGAGAUAUUGUUCCAAAGUCAUCAAUUCGGCUUGCCAACAAACUAUAGAAGUCUUAGAACCACGUGAUCUAACAUGUUUUUAAAAAAAAAACUUUUAAAGUAUUUUUUGUGUGUGAUCUUCCGCGUACCAAUGGAAAUCGCCAUGCGUGUCAAGUCAGGCACGCGUGUCGUAGGCUGACGACCACGCAUGUAGACAAAGAUAGCGUUCAGGAUGAGAGAAAGCUGCUAGUGUUCAGCGUAAUGUAAGUGUGUGGUAUGGCAACAGAGGCGUAGGAAGUGGGG